GGCGCGACCAAGAUGGCAGCGGCGGCCCGUCAGGCCCCGGCCGUGUCCCGCCCCGCUUCCCGCUGAGCGGCGCCUCCGGACCGCGGGCAGCAUGGACGCCUCCGCCUCCGCCUCCGCCCCCGUGGCGCCCGACCGGCUCUUCGACGCGCACCGGCUCCCCGGCGGCGAGGGGCCGCGCCUGCUGCUCUCGCUGCUGCUCUACGCGCCGGUGGGGCUGGCGCUGCUGCUGCUGCGCCUCUUCCUCGGGCUGCACGUCUUCCUGGUCAGCUGCGCGCUCCCGGACAGCGCCCCGCGCCGCUUCAUCGUGCGCGUCAUGUGCUCGGUGCUGGGCGUGCUCGUGCGCCAGGCCGACCCUCGCCAGCGCAGCCUCCGCGCCCGCGUCUUCAUCGCCAACCACGUCACCCACUUCGACCACAACGUCCUCAACCUGCUCACCUCCUGCAACGCGCCCGUGCUGAACGGCACCUCCGGCUUCAUCUGCUGGUCCCGGGGCUUCCUGGAGGUGGGGGGUGCAGAGAGCCGAGCCGAGCUGCUGGAGUCCCUGAAGGCCUACUCCUCCCAGGGGGGCAACCCGCCCCUGCUGCUCUUCCCCGAGGAGACGACCACCAACGGCCGCGUGGGUCUCCUGCGCUUCAGCUCAUGGCCCUUCUCCAUCUUGGACAGCGUCCAGCCAGUGGCUCUGCAAGUCCAGAGGCCUUUUGUUGCUGUGAGUGUGGCUGACGCCUCCUGGGUGACGGAGCUGCUCUGGACGUUCUUUGUGCCCUUCACUGUUUAUCAAGUAAGGUGGCUUCCGCCCAUCGCCAGGCUAGUUGAAGAAACCCGCGAGGAGUUUGCGCUGCGGGUUCAGGAGGCUGUGUCAGAGCCUGGACUGGGGAGCUUCCCAGCUAGCCCUGGCCUGCGUCUCUCCUCCCUGCAGCUCCUGGCCCUGGAGCUGGGUGUGGUGUCAACUCGACUCACUGCUGCUGACAAAGCCGAGCACCUGAAGCGAUUGCGCCACAGCCCCUCAGCCCCCUACAGCCCCCCAGCUCCAAGCCAGCCUUCGGGGACCCAGGACCGAGCUUUUCCCAGUGUCGCCUCUGCAGAGGAUGUCCGCUGGAGUGGCAUGGCUCAGCGUGUCAAAGAAGUCCUGCCCCACGUGCCCCUGGCAGUCAUCCGCAAGGAUCUAGCUCGGACGAACUGUGUGGAUGCGACCAUUGCCAAUCUCCUGGAGGGGCGGGUUCCCUUCAUCCCCAGCGAGGCGGAGGCAGAGGAUUCCUCGGCUGCCCCGUCCGUCUCUGGCACUCACUACCUCGCCUCUGCUCCCCUGACCCCGGCCCCCAUGAAGCUCUUUGCCCGGUCCCCAGAGGCAAGGCACCUCUCUCUCCAGGAGCGGAAGCGGCUGCUGUACGACUACGCCAGGAGGAGAUUCAUGGAGAAGCAUGGGAUGGCGCCGAAGGAGGGGAGCCACUGACCAGCUGGUGUUUUCCUUGAGGACUGCUGGCUUGAUCAACUCUGGAUCUUUGUGGAGGGUUGCUGCGGACACUGCUGCCCCGCUGGACCUGUGUGGGGUUGGCAGUGUGCCCGUGGCUGCCCUUGAGUGGUGUGCGCCCAUCCCGCCUGACUUCUCCGCAGGGCAAGAGGGAGGCUCCCAGCCCCCACCCCGCCCGCUGCAAGGCCCGGACUCCACAUCGCCCUGCCGCACAGCCGGGGCCCCCGACGGCCUGCCUCAGAGUGUGGGUGGGAGGGGGCAAGCUUUCACUAUCAAAAUAAACGUUACUCUAAUUCUCA